GCGUGGCAAGGAGCUCGGGAGAAUCUGACAUGGAAAUUUUGGAUAUUACGUCUUUGUUCCUUCUCUUGGUGCCAUGUCUGUGCCAAAUUUUACCAGCUUUAGCAAACAUUCCAAGACCGAGAGGGGUGGCUAUUUCAAAGGCUGGAGCAUAUGACCCAACCAAAGAUUUUACCUGCUUCGAUCAUUCGAAAGUUGUCCCAUUUGAGUAUGUCAAUGAUGACUACUGUGAUUGCCCUGACGGGAGUGAUGAACCAGGUACCUCUGCCUGUCCUAAUGGAUGGUUCCACUGUACUAAUGCCGGACACAUUCCCCUGAACAUUGUCUCCUCCAGAGUCAACGAUGGCAUCUGUGAUUGCUGUGAUGGUUCAGAUGAGUAUGAGGGCAUCAUUACCUGUUCCAAUACCUGCAAAGAAUUGGGCAAACAGGCAAGGGAAGAGGCAGAGAAAAUGAAAAUAUUAGUGGACCAAGCUAUGAAAGUGAAAGUGGAUUAUAUAGAGCAAGGCAAGAAAGCCAAGGAGGAGAAAAAGGCAAGACUGGUCCAACUUGAAGGUGAUCGAGACAAAAUGGAUGCAAAGAGAAAUGACUUAGAAGCCAGGAAGAAUGAGGCAGAAGCUCCAGAGAAAGAGGCCAAGGACAGACACCAAGCUGCCUGGGAAGCUGAGAAGGCAAAACGACAGUCUGAAAAGGAGCAGAGCAAAGCCGAGGCUGCGUUUAAUGAAAUGGAUUUGAAUAAGGACAAUGUCGUCGAUUUACUAGAGGUGGUGGCUCACACAGAAUUUGAUAUUGAUGGAAAUGGAGUAGUGUCUGAUGAUGAAGCUAAGGAAUAUAUGGAGGAGCAAGAUCAAGUCGAUUUGACAACUUUUGUUGAGAAAAUGUGGCCCAGUAUAAAGGAUAUUUAUAGACCAUUAUCAGAAGCAAAACCCCCAGGUACAGAAUCUCCAGAAGACCAGGAAGUGGCGCCACCUGCAGGAGAUAUCCCUCCUCCUGAAGACAUUAAAGAGGAGGUACCUCCUCCACCAACCUUUGAUGAUGAGGAUGAUGAUGAGGAAGAUGAUGAAGACGAUGAAUAUGAUGAUGAACAUUAUUCUGAUGAACAUGAUGAGUUUAGAGAGGAAGCACGAGGGGAUGAUGGGAAGAAGGAAGAGGCUGAGGAGGAGAAAAUGCCUGAUUAUAACGAAGAAACCAAAUUACUGAUCCAAGUUGCUGAUGAAGCAAGGAAUAAUUUUAAUGAGGCCGAUGAAGAACUGAAAAAGUUAGACAAAGAAAUUAGUGAUAUAAAAGGAUUCUUAGAGUUAGACCUGGGUCCAAAUGCAGAAUUUUACUUUUUGAGAGAAAAAUGUUACGAAAUGACGGACAGAGAAUAUGUAUAUAAAUUGUGUCCCUUUGACAAGGCGACACAACGUCAGAAGAGCGGUGGGGCUGAAACUACUUUAGGAAACUGGGGGCACUGGUCCGGCCCAGCUGAUAAUGUGUACUCCAGUAUGAAGUAUGAUAGAGGUCAGCAUUGCUGGAAUGGGCCAGACAGAUCUGUGGAGGUAAUAUUGCGCUGUGGCCUGGAGAAUAUGCUCACAGGUGCUUCUGAGCCAAAUCGCUGUGAAUACCAGUUCAUUUUCACAACGCCCGCUGUGUGUUCUCAAAGCACAAUGUCGGAUGACGCUACACAUGCGCCACAUGUCGAACUUUAAACCUGUCUAUCUGUCUGUCUUUGUGUUUUCAUUCUCACCUCAUUAAGUUUUUUUUGAUAGUGCUUAAUCAGUUGUAGCUGACAAAGUAUUUAUUUCAAACUAUUGGCAUUUUCACGGCAUAUUUUUAACAUUGUUAUACAUUAAAAGGUUGAAGCAUUAAGUACUAUGGGAUGUUGUCUACGACUUCUGAAGUAUUCAUUUAGAAUGCUUAUUCUGCCUACUCUUUGGCGUUUUUAUUCUGGCUCAAAAAGAGUAGCUCAAAAAUAGUAGCUCAAAAAGAGUAGCAGCAAGUAUUCAUUACUGAGUCGGGACUGCAUUUUGAAGUGGAAGAUGCAUUUCAUAUAGAUGGAUGCUCUCAGGUUAAAUGUCCCAUUUCUAGUUUUCCAUCAACAUUUGGGAGAGGCAAAAUAACAGUAGGGAGUGAUUGUCAUUUAAGUGCAUGUCUAAGACUAAUUUUAUUGGAAAAAAUACUUCAGUUUAAGCUGAACUAAAGUUGAUACUUUCAGCAGAUGGCAUUGUAAAGCCAAGCAAAGGUGUUUAAAGAUAUUCAAUUUUUACCUGAUAUAUUAAAGUUAAUGACUACAGCAUUAAAGUCAGUCUGCGUGUCUUGUGCAUCUCACAUUAUGGUAUUAGAUAGGUUCUUAUAUAACUUGACAUUGUUGAGUAUCAAUAUCCUGAAAAAUUAUAGGGUCAAGUUGGAUUUAUGCCUAAUACCACCAAAAUGAACAAAGCAGACUUUUGUUAUUUUGCUCUUGAGUGCAAAACAGUAUUGUAGAGCAUGUUUUUUGUGCUGAAUGCAUUCCAGGAUGAGUAUUUAUUGAGCAAAGGAAACAGUUUUUACCAGUUGUCAUAGUGGUAGUAAAACACAUAAAAGUGCUUGUAGCGAGAUGCCAGAAUAUUUAACAUGCUGUUUCUGUUUCAAAUUGUAAACUCGGAUAAAAACUGAUUAAAUAAUAAAUGUUCUUCUUGGUCAAUAUUGUAUUGGUGUUAUGUGUGUUUUAUAUAUACAUCACCUUCGCUCUAAAAACUAG